ACGGAAGUAAGCUAAGAUCUAAGGCAUUUCAAUAUUUUGUCCACUCGAUCAUAGUCACCGCUCCAGAACCUUGCUGAGUAAUUGCCAUCGAAGACAAGAAGACACACAGAGGUCAAAGAGCAAAUUUGUACAUCCGCGUUGCCUCUAUUCUAACAACCCACGCAACUGAGUUGAAGUGCAACCAUUGGGGGUCCUUAGGGUGCUUACAUAAACGAAAUCCAAAUUCACGACUUUUUGGACAUCGAUCCGACUUCGGCGCGUGAGCUUUGCAAAUGUACGACGAAGAAUCUAGUCGGACGUAAUGUUCGAGUCAAUAUGCUCUCUGCCAUUGGCAGGGGACAUCUUCACCCAGGCAGUGCAUCCAUCGAGACCCAUCGUUGCCGUUGGGCUGUCCACUGGGCAUGUGGAGGUUACUAAGCUGCCGCCUGUGGCGGGAGAAGACGAUUCGGAUCACGACGACGCAGCUUCAGCAAGUGACAAAGGCUUAGGGCUUUUGGAGACAAGUUGGAGAACAAGAAGACACAAGGGGAGCGCCAGAGCGGUACGGUUUAGUCUCGAUGGUCGAGCCCUAUACUCUGCUGGCUCCGAUGGUCUCAUGAAGGCUGCGGACUCAGAGACUGGAGAAGUUUUCUCAAAGAUUGCUAUUCCUGAUGACGACAAUGGCAUACUUGACGCUCCAACACUUAUGCACAUCUUGAGCCCUCAAUCGCUGCUCUUAUCAACUGACUCAUCCGCACUUCACCUUUUCGACCUGAGAGUUGACGAUCGCGCCUUUGCGAAGAACAAGCCACAGCAGACAUGGUAUCCACACGAAGAUUACAUCUCUUCUCUUACGCCUUUGCCGCCAAGUGAAACGAGCACAAGUGGCUUUAGCAGACAAUGGGUUACAACUGGCGGUACAACACUUGCUGUCACGGACAUCAGGCGCGGAGUCCUUGUGAAAAGUGAGGAUCAGGGUGAAGAGUUGUUGUCUUCGGAGUACGUGGGCGGUUUUGCGAAGAAAGGUACGAGCCAGGGUGAGAAAGUUUUAGUUGGAGGAGGUGACGGCGUCAUCACGCUCUGGGAAAAGGGUGUGUGGGAUGACCAAGACGAACGCAUUAUACUCGACAAGGGAGGAGAGGAUAGCAUCGAUGCUCUCACGAGGAUCCCAGAGGAGCUAGGCAUGGGCAAGACCGUGGUAGCUGGUAUGAGCAAUGGCUGUCUUGCUCUGGUAAAACUAGGUAUAAAUAAGGUCGUCGAUGUGCUGAAGCAUGACGAGGUCGAGGGCGUGGCGGCCAUUGACUUUGAAGUUGGCGGACGCAUGAUAAGUGGUGGCGGCCCGAUCUUGAAAGUUUGGCGUGAGAAGAUGAGGGAUGAUGAAGAAGAUAUUGACGUUAGGGGGGUAAAGAAGCGCAAUGUUAGUGACAAUGAAGCGGAUAGCGACGACAGUGAUGAUGAGCAUAGCAGCGAGGAAGAAAGGGAGGAGCAGAAGCGGAGGAAGAAGAGGAAGAAGGGCAAGGGAAUCAACGGUUUCUCGAAAAACAAGAUGUUCUCGGGCUUGGAUUGACAUGGUUUGCAACACGAUUUUCGCUUCUGGCGUACGGCAGCAUUGAUACCCCAACGGGUCAAUUAGCAUUUACAAAACCUCGGAGGCGAUCUCCUAGCCGAGUUCCCGAAGUCUGGCUGAGAUUUAUUCAAAGCCACACCGAUCCCCUCAUAUACUAAGUCUUGAUCCGCUUUGUGGUUGCAUUCGCUUGCUCUCUCAGGUUCUUGCUCAAUAUCAG